UUUAAGUUAAGCACACAAACUAUUCGUGGAUACUUUCCAAAUGUAAGUGGGCUUACAUUUAUUAAUGAAAAUAAUCAAAAGUGUGGACUUAGCAUAGUCAAUGAUAAAUUCGAAUUGUUGCCUGGUGUAAGUAAAUAUGAAGUUCACAGUUGCAAUAUUUUAAAAGAGCAUAAUGUCAAUGAUAUAAAGAGAAAAAGGAUUACUGAGAUAAUGAGAGUAAUUGAAGGAAAGUCAAGUGAUAAGUCUGCAUCAGUUGAAAACCAAGAAUACGAAGUACCGGCUAAAAAAGUUAAAAAAAUCAUAUUCGUAGGAUGGAGACACAAAGCAAAUCCGCAAGAUAACCGUUACGUACAAAUGAAAGGAUUUCUGGGUGGAAUAAAGCAAAUUGAGGUGAAUAAUGGUAAAGAGUAUACUUUCGAAGAAAUAAAGGAAAUGUCAAUUGCAGCAAUGACAAAUGAAUUUAGUGAGAACACAUUAAAAAAUUCAAGCAUUAAACUAGCCACUAAUAAUGAAGAAGAAUUUGAAGAUUUUACCAAUUUAAAUGGGAAGAAGUGUAAAUUUUGGGAAUUUAUAAACCAAAAACUUAAAAUGAAAAACUCCCAACUACGAUUAUUUUUAUUGAGCCUGAUAAUAUCCUAA